CACAUAAUAUAUUUAUAUUAGGUUUACAUUUCACAGUCUCUAUCGUCUUCUCCAGUAGCAUAGCUGUAUCGCCUCCUCUAUCAGAUUGUUGGUAAUGGUAGCUUGAGAUUAGAGGGAGCACGAAGAAAAUGAGCAAGAAGAAUCCAUUCGUCUUCUUGGAUGUAUCAGUCGAUGGAGAUCCCGUUGAAAGAAUGGUUUUUGAGCUUUUUUACGACCUUGCCCCCAAGACUGCAGAAAAUUUCCGGGCAUUGUGCACAGGAGAGAAAGGACUUAGUUCUACUACAGGGAAGCCCUUGCAUUACAAGGGAACAUUCUUCCACCGCAUUAUUAGGGGAUCGAUGGCUCAGGCUGGUGAUUUGAUGAGGCGUGAUGGGAAAUUUGGAGAGAGUAUAUAUGGGGAGAAAUUUCCAGACGAAAGACCCAAAUUAUUACAUGAUGAGCCCGGUCUUCUGUCAAUGGCAAUUGCGGAUCGUGAUACGCGUGGGUCCUUGUUUAGCAUCACCUUUAAAGCUAAUCAUCAUUUAAACAGGAAAAAUAUCGUGUUUGGAAAACUUGUUGAAGGACAUGAUGUUCUGGAAAAGAUUGAAAAUUGUGGGGAUGAAGAAGAGAAAUUUGUAAAGAUUAUAAAAUGCGGUGAAAACCAAGAUGACACCCAGACUUUAGUCCAAAGAAAGUUAAGUAAACUGAGAAAUGGGAAGGAUGCUUCUUCAGAGUCUAACAGUCGUGAAAUGCGGCGAAAGAGGAAGCAUAAAAAAUCCUCAAAAGAUCGAAGAAAAAAAAGAAAGAGGUAUUAUACUUCUGAUUCUGACACCACCUCGGAUACGGAGACGGAAUCAUCUGAUACUGAUAGCGAGUCAGACUCUGAUCUAUCAUCAUCAUCAUCGGAUAUCAGUUCAUCAAGUGAUGAUAAAAGAAAGAAACGAAAAAGAUCCAAGAGAGGCCGGAAUAAAUAUGGAAAAAAGAAAGAUCGGAAACGAGACAAAAGACGCAAAAGGCGUAAUAAGAGAUCAAAGCAUAAAUCAAAAAGGGCUUUGGGAGACUCUAGCGGAAGUGAAAGUGGUACAGAUGAUGAUACUGGCACUGUUCGUAAACAUGACCAGAAGUCCAAGAAUCCUGCUGAAUUUACAGGAGAAAGGGAAGACAUUUCACUUCAUCGUAAGAAUGUAGAUUCACCUGAUAUGCUCGAGAGGGAGGAAGGUGAAUUCCCAAGGGAAAAUGGAGAGCGAAAAAGCAACGGGAUUGAAAAGGAAACUGUAUCUGAAAAAAGCACAGAAAGACAACCUGAUGUAGUAGAUGAUCAUCCUGGAAAAUCUAGGAGUCGAAGCCUCAGUCCUAGAAGGAAAUUGAGCAGGAGUACUAGCAUCAGUCUGGAAAGAAGUUUAAGGAAGAGCCCGGAUGUGAGCCCCAAGAGGAGCAUGAGUCAGAGUCCUAGUGUCAGUGGAAGCCCUCCACGGACAUCUCGUGGAAACAGGGGAUUUAGCAGAAGUCCUACUAGUAGUCCUGCUAGAAGUCUCAGCAGAAGCCCUUUAAGCCCCAAAAAGGGAAGAAGCAUCAGCCCGGUCUCUGUACGGGCUAGAACUCGACAAAGCAGUUCACAAAGUCCCAUGUCAUCACCACGUAAGAGAAGUGCUAGUCCUUCCCCACCGAGAACAUCAUCUAGAAAGCCUGAAAGUAGAAGCCCAGUUAGAUCCCGUAAGAGUUCAAGUACAAGCCCUGUAAGAUCAUCUCGAAGAAGCAUUAGCCGAGGCUCAGGUAGGGCUCCUUCUAGAAGAAGUGCCAGUCGAAGUCCAAUUAGAGCGCAUACAAGGAAUAGCCGUCGCAGUUACUCCAGGAGCCCUGUUGGUUACGGUCGUAGGGCAAGGUCACCUUAUGCUGAUCGUGCUAGGAGCAUAUCUAGGAGUCCCUCUCCAGAUGGUUCAACUAAGCGAAUUAGACGGGGUAGAGGUUUCAGCCAGCGGUACUCUACUGCUCGCAGAUACCAUUCUUCAGAUCGUUCGCCUAUUAGACCUUAUCGUUAUGGCAGAAGUGAGCGAGACAGGUAUCAGAAUUACAGGAGAUCCCCUAGGCGUCACAGAACUCCGCCGAGAGAAAGAACUCCUUCAAGAUACAGAAGCAGAAGAAGCAGGACUCGGAGUCGUAGUGCUUCACGGAGCCCAAUCCGCUACCGCAACCGCCGUCAUAGCCGCAGCCGAUCUCCUGUAGAGACAACUAGGUACCGUUCAUCACCUCGUGGUGAAAGGCGGAUGUCACCUCAGAGUAUGAGCCGGUCUUUAUCUCGCUCUUCACGAUCAGAAUCACCUAAAAGGGCUGCCAAAGAGAAAUCUUUAUCAUCUUCUGAAAGCCCACCUGCAAAGAGAGGUUUAGUCUCUUAUGGGGAUGGAUCUCCCGACUCCGGCCAGAGGUGAUAAUCGGGUCAGUGAGUGUUAAAUGGACGAUUUUGAUCUUGUGAUAGUUUAAUGAUGAACUGUAGGCUGUUGGGUCUGUUUAGUAUAAUGUGGAAUAAUGGAUAUUAUGUUGGCUGAGUUGGAGUAUUUUCCAGUACUGCAGAGUAUCAUGUUAGAGAUAUUGAACUCCCAGUUGUGCUUCAGAUCUGUUUCCCUGAUUUGGAUUUUUUUCUUUGGAUCCUUAAUGUUAUUUUGAAGUACUUUCUGUUUGUUGGUA